AUGACCAAAGUGUCUCCUGGCCACGCGCAGAUGGCAGCUGCUUUAUCGCCUUCUUCUGCUCCACUCCUCAUCUCCGCACAUCACCGCUCUCCGUCGCGAUCGCCCACCAAGAACGACAAUAUAACAGGUUUGUCGGACGUGUUGCGGGAUAAGGAGCGUCGUGUGCAGCAGCAGUUGGAGCGGUGUGCAGAGCAGCGAGGGAGGAAGAUGGAGGAGCAGCGGAGGAGAGACGAGAGAAGGAGGAGCGCAGCAGAGGAGAGGAGGAGGCAGCAGCAGGAGGCGGACAAGGAGCGUCUGGAGGCGCUGGUGAGACGCAGAGGAGGCAAAGGAGGCAACAACAACCUGCACAACGCCAUGAACCAGAGCGGACAGGGCCAGGCGGGGGAGCUGGACAACAGGCCCAAGCGCUGGACGUGGGGCGGACCUCCUGAAGGAGUCAGUGAGAACGUCCCGUCGCAGCAGAAAUGCACACGCUCGUGUUACAGACGAGAGAAGGACGAAGAGGCCGAGAUGCAGCGGCUACAGCAGGAGAGGAAGAGGACAGUGGGAGGUAACACUAGAACCCCGCCCUGCAAUGCCAUUGGCUCUCCUCAGCCCAAUGCGCUUCCUGCUUCCAGUGCCAGCCAAUCACGUCACGAUUUCUUGGCUCCUUCAGAUCAGCCAAUCAACAAGCAGCUGUCCAACUCCUCAGCCGCGCUGCACUCACCAGAAAGAGUUUCCUCCAACAACCAAAGGCUUCACAGGAGUUUGUCAAAUCGAAGGAGCAUCGCAGCGUUUCCAGAGGAGACGACGAAAGCGCGCACUCCCACGGGCGACGGUCCGACUCGCAGUGCAUCCUUCAGAGGAAACAGCAAAGGCCCCGCCACGCCCAAACGAGUGCGCUCACACCGCAGCCGGCCACAGUCGCCCUGCUCCCCAGGACAGUACCCCCCCUCCCCCCGCAGACACAAGGCCUCUACCCCCUCCACCCCCGGGACGCCCUCCACCCCAGACGCAGAGGCCAAACUCCACAGCACUUUAGAGCGAAAAACCAAAACUGAAGGGGACAAGAAGAUCCCCAAGUCCACCAGCAGAGAGCUCAACGCAGAGUCUCCGAUGACGCCCACCGGCCGCAGUGUUGGAGGCACGACAGACGCAGAAGAAGCUUCCAGGGUUUUGGCCGAAAGACGACGUUUGGCUCGAAUCCAGAAAGAACAAGACGAGAGACAGCGGCUGGAGGACGAGAGGCUGCGUGCGGAGGAGGAGCAGCGGCAGCAGCAGGAGCGUCUGAAGCGACAGGAGCAAGAGGCGCGAGAGGCCGAGGAGGAGCGUGUGCAGCGAGAACAACAGCGCAGAGAGAAGGAGGAGGAGGAGAGGAGGCAGAAGGAGCAGAGGUGGAAGGACAUGCAGGAGCAGCUCGACAAAGACAGAGAGGAGGCGAUUCAUCGCGCUCAGGAAGAGGCCGAGAGAAAGAGGCAGGAGCGAGAGGAGCAGCACAUCAAGGAGGAGCAGGCGCGACAGCUGAGGAAGAAGAGAAUUGACGAGAUAAUGAAACGAACCAGAAAGAGCGACGUGGAGCCUCCGUCUGCAGUUCAAGCGUUUGAGGCGAAGUCAGAAGCCGCCGCCUCAGUCCAGGACGUGUCUGCGAUUUCUCUGGGGCCGUUAGAAAACAAGAGCUGUGUGGACGAGCUCUCAGACGGAGUGCAGUCCAUGGACGUCAGCCCCGUGUCGCGCGAGGAGCACCCCAGCACUCACGACUUCUCCCCGGUCACCGAGGCCGACGCCAUGGGCUGUGGGAGCCAAGCUGGACGUCCAAUAAACAGGGUUGAAAGUCCAAAGGCGAGACAUAGAAACUUCAUAUCCAACCACAGCAAUCAACAAAAGGAAACUCGUCGUGUGUUCCAGGUGCAGGUGUAUGAAAUGUCAAGGCAGAGAUCACACUCUCCCAAUUACAGAAGUUUCCCAUGGGAAGACCCUGGCUUUGACCCGCAAAACGUUGUUGAUCACCUGGACAGAAUGCCUGUGGACCAAGAAAGUGGCAACUUUAGGAGAGGAGGGUCGCACAGAAAAAACCCUGGGCGAUAUGAAGACAGGGGGCCACCAAACCCUGGGCGAUAUGAAGACAGGGGGACACCAAACCCUGGGCGAUAUGAAGACAGGGAACAACCACACCCUGGGCGAUAUGAAGAAAGGGGACCACCACACCCUGGGCGAUAUGAAGACAGGGGACCAUCAUACCCUGGGCGAUAUGAAGACCGGCCACCACACCCUGAGCACAUCAAUAAUCACCCCCAGAGGAAUCCCGGGUGGAGGCGAGAGGAGCCUAACGGAGAGUUCAGUGAGAGGUUUAGGGAUAGGAGUCCAAUAAGACAAGAGAGAAAUCAACAGAGAGGGAGAGACAGGGGACAGCAGAGGCGCAGAGGCCCCAGCCACACAGACACCUGGAUCCCACACAAUCCGAUUGUAAACAGGAACAGGGAGAUGGAUGGCUCCCCUCAGUUUGGGUGCGACUGGGGUGAGCCGCAUGAGCAGCGCUUUGCUGCAGAUGAUCGCAGAGACCAGUUUGACAGAAAUGAUGGUGGGCCUAAAUAUCAACAAAACCGAAACCACCUAAUGGAAGACAGACCACGACGAGAAGAGAACAGCCCUCGACCCAAAAGCUCCAGGUCUUUGAGCAGGGAGAGCCAAUGGGUUCUUCGUUUUGAGGAUAAUCGAAGUAAUGAUGGUUACCAAGAACCUGAAGGAAGGCGGAGCCCUGUUCCCCUGCCUAAGCCUAAUAUCUUCUCCCAAUACACGGACAGGCCAUCAAACCGAGGAAGACCAGCAAACAAAGGCCGAGGGUUCAACCAGAGAGGAAACUUCAGUCACAGAGGAAGGGGAAGAGGCGCACAGAACCGGCCACAGCAGGACAGAGAAACUCCAAACCAAAUGCACAGGGAUGAGUUUUAUGAGGAACCUGACCCUGUGUGGGAUUGUGAAAAACCAGACCGUACAUGGAGAGACGGCAGACGAAACCAGGAGGAGGAGAGGGAUUUGCAGAGACCAGAUUCAGAUCCAAGAGAGCAACGUGGACGCAAAGACCCCAAACCCAACAUGAUGAUCAUAACGGAGGAGACGAUGACCAUCAAAGUGGACAUGAGUCGACCGGUGAACAAAGACAGUUCCGUGCUUUACUCCGCGGCCGGACAGCCCUCUCUCGACUUAGUCCACGUCGGGCGCCAGCGGCUGGACUUCUUGUCGUCUGCAGAGAAUCUGGGAGCGAACCGGGCGAACGCCGUGCAGCACACCGGAACGUUCGCACAGGAAAUCAUCGCGCUGACGCAUCUGGUCAAAGACUUGUACUUCGGAGGAGAGGGCAUCUCGCUGAAUGAACGGUUCUCUGCUUCUCAAACUGAGGGACGCACUGAGGACGAGCCGCACGAGAUGACUCUGAGUGAGAGGUUCAGCUCCAAACGGUUAAACGCGCACACAGACAAUGAUGACGGCAUUUUCAUGAGACAGGGGCCACUUCAGCUGUUUGGAUCUGCGUUUGUGCCGGACCCUGACGACCUGAGACACGAUCUGGAGAAGCGCAGACAGGAAAGACUGGAUGGGGUCAAAAUCACCAUCGCUGGAAGUUCGUCACAGCGCCCCCUAGUGCCCAGUGAGCUAACGUGCGAUCCCAGCGAUGAGGUGGAGGACGACUUCUCAAACUGGUCUGAGGAAAACCCGACGAGGCGAGGCCCGAUGACUCAGAGAGGAGGAGGAGGAGGACCUUUCCGCUCAAACACGUCUUAUCGCAGAAACAACCGACAAAUGAGGCGACCAAACUACCGCAACAAUAACAAUGGAGCUCCAAACUGGUGA